UCACAGGAGGCUGCGGUCUUGCUCAUCAUUUAUGAUGAUGUGGGACUAAUGGAGAUGUAACCCGUGUCUCUCUCUGCGUGUGCAUUAUUGGCUCCUCAGCGACGGUGGUGGCCGGAUAUAAUUUGGCACCGAAGGGGAAAACCAUCCUCCGGGAAACACAACCGCCAUGGGCCAGCAGCCUCAUGCUCUGGUUGUUCCGUUCCCGGCACAGGGCCAUGUCAUCCCUCUCCUGGAGCUCUCGUACUGCCUGGUGGAUCACGGGUUCAAGAUCACCUUCGUGAACACUGAGAUCAACCACGCCCUCAUCGCCGCUGCUCUGCCGGAGGGGCCAAGCAUGAUGGACCCGAUGGUACGCUUGAUCUCGUUCGACGAUGGGUUGGCUCCCGGAGAAGACCGACGUGAUUUGCUGAAGCUGAGAGACUGCUUGAUGAAGACCCUGCCCAUGUGUUUGGAAGAGCUGAUACUGAAGAGUCACGAACCCGGUGAAGACAAGAUCACUUGCAUGGUCGCUGACGGGAUGGCGCCAUGGGUUCUCGAGGUGGCGAGAGAGAAGGGCCUCCGGUCGGCGGCGUUCUGGCCGAUGGCGGCCGCUGUGGUUGCCACGAUAAUGAAAAUUCCCAAAUUGAUCGAAGAUGGAGUAAUCGAUGCAGAUGGAUUCCCAAUGAAACAAGAGAUGUUCCAACUCGCCCCUGGUCUGCCGCUCAUGAACCCAGCUCAUCUUACAUGGAACUGCUAUGGCGAUCGAGAAACGCAGAAGGAGAUCUUCCAUCACUUACUCGACGACGACCAAAGGAACCGGGUUGCCGAAUUCUUCCUCUGCAAUUCAUCUUAUGAUAUGGAGCAGCCAGUGUUCGCCUACGCUCCAAAGAUACUGCCGGUCGGACCAUUGCUCACGGGGCAGCGUCUCGGUAAGCCGGUCGGCCAUCUGUGGCCUGAGGACAGGACCUGCGAAGCUUGGCUGGAUCAGCAGCGUCCCAACUCCGUCGUCUACGUAGCCUUCGGUAGCCUCACCACGUUCGACCGCGGGCAGUUCCAAGAGCUUGCACUCGGGCUGGAGCUCUGUGACAGACCGUUCUUGUGGGUCGUCAGGCCUGAUCUCGUCGAAGCCGCCAUCGACGCCUAUCCACACGGCUUCAGAGAGCGAGUUGCGCUUAGGGGAAGGAUAGUUGGCUGGGCACCUCAGCAAAGGGUGCUGGCACACCCUUCUGUUGCUUGCUUCAUGUCUCAUUGUGGCUGGAACUCGACACUGGAAGGGGUGAGAAAUGGACUGCCCUUCCUCUGUUGGCCUUAUUUCGUGGACCAGUUCCUUAACCAGAGCUACAUAUGUGAUGUUUGGAGGAUUGGAUCGAAGAUGAUGCCUGAUGAGAAUGUAAUCGUAUCGAAGGAACAAAUCAAGUCAAAGGUGGACGAGCUGCUUCUCGACGAGGACACGAGAGAGAGGGCGCGACUGUUGAAGGAAUUGGCACAAAAAAGUGCCAGGAAUGGUGGGAGUUCCUUCGAGAAUCUCAAGAGAUUUGCUGAUGCCAUGAAGCAUGAGGGCGACAAAGAUUAGUGGAAGCGCGAAUGGCUUGCAUUACCAGGCUGUGAUCGUUUACUAGGAAUUGAAAUAACAUUUGAACAAGUGAUGCAUUGUGGUGUAAAAGUUCUGUUUGAUGUCUGCAUGAGAAGACGAAAGGAAUCGAGAUCAACUCGAGUUACUUUGUUUGUCUCCA